UCCGCCAAUUGGAGGUAGCGCCAGCCGCCAUGCUCCACGACGACGAGGACCCGUCGACGCUCUGCGAUGUCUUUGCGCAGAUGCUCCAAGUGAACGAAGACAUGAUCGCGGCGAUCGCCGAGCACCAGAACUGGAGCGACCCGAACGCGUACCGGUCGCUCGAGACUGCCCACGCGUACCAACGCAUCUUGCACAAGAACCUCAUCGAAAUGGCCAACUUUGUCGACUCGCUUUGCGGCGUCUUUGUCGACGUGGACCACGGCAAGGCGACGCCACUGCAAGCGCUGCCCAACGACGUCGUGCUCCUCAAGAAGCGCAAGCCAUCGCCGCCAUGCAGCGAGGCGACACCGCUGUCCGAGCCGAGCGCGCUAUUGGCGACGAUCCAAGCGACCGAGCACUUUCGAGCGCGCCGCCGCACCGAGAAGGAGUUUGUCUCCUCCCAAAUGCGCAUUCGCGAACAGGAAGCCGCAAAACCACCGCUCGCACCGGACGCACUUCCGCUGCCAAAGACGCCGUCGAUGCUGCGCCCGUCGCCGCUGCCGUUGCCGGCGCCAAUGCCAGCGCCCAUCUCCAAGAACCGCGCCGUGGCAGCCAAGGAAGAGUGUCUCGACUGUCAUCGUCUCGGCAAGUCGGUCACCGACUGCCGCGCCUUGUACAAGCACACGGCGCUGUCGUGGAAGACUGUGCCGGUGCUGCCGCCGGCCAUGUACCCGCCCUUUGGAGGCAUGGUGCCCAUGUACCCGCCACCGCCGCUGUACGCGCCGUCAUUUCUGCCGCUGCGCCCUCCGAUGCUCGCACCACCCGCUCUCAUUGCUGUCGCUGCCAAGGCGGCGCCCCGCCCGCUCAAACGUAUGUGUGAAAAGUGCAGAGCCGAGCACCAAAGCGUGUACCAAUGCCGGACGACGCUGGGGCACACGGCGCCCGAGUGGAAGCGCGCCACCAAGCCGACACCGCCGGAGACCGGCGCGCGGUCGUACUCGCGCUGGAAUGAAAAUGAGAUGCAGACGUUCCAGGACCUCGUCGAGGUCCACGGCUACACGGAUCCUGUGCACAUGGCGCCCUUUAUACCGACCAAGGACGUCAAGCAGAUCAAGAGUUAUUUACAGCGCUAUAACAAGCAGCGAAGUGCUGACGACCGGCGCUGUGCACUCCGCGACAGCUAACACUUGACGGCAAGAAAAUGAAUUUUAAUAUGAAGGACACGGCGGGAAUUGAAGCCGCCGGCUGCGGA